CCCCCGGGCGCAGGCGAACGUCGUCUGACCAUUCAUUUCCAACCCCCCCGGGCGCCCACCCAAUUCGUCGUCUGACCAUCCCUCCGGGGCGCCCCCAACUCCUCGUCUGACGGCUCCCACCCAAUUCGUCGUCUGACCAUCGCUCACCCCCCCGGGCGCACGUCGUCUGACCAUUCAUCUCCACCAAAUCUUUUUCGUAUUCGCUCCGUUCUUGGAGAUAGAAUACUCUUCCGAAGAAGUUAGGGUUCUGGGCUGCUGUCGACCUUGUUCCGAUGGCAGCAUUCGCGAGUGGCUGCUCUACCACCUCGUUCGUUGGGGCUAGCGUCAGGCCCUUCCUGCACAAGGGCUCCGGUGACACUCUCAGGCCCAGAUCUCUCGUCGCCAAUGCCUUUCAAAACCGAACAGUCGUCCGCGGCCCAAGGUCUGAGCUUGAGAUCACCCAUUCCCAGGAUACCGUACCCUCCAGGGCUUCCAGCGUUUCCGUCCUCGAGCAGCUUAAGAUCUCCUCUGCUGAUCGAUACAUGAAGGAAAGGAGCAGUAUUGCUGUUAUAGGGCUAAGUGUACAUACAGCCCCUGUUGAGAUGCGUGAAAAACUUGCUGUUCCUGAGGCACAAUGGCCCCGUGCAAUUGGAGAGCUUUGCAGCUUGAACCAUAUUGAAGAAGCGGCUGUUCUUAGUACUUGUAACAGAAUGGAAAUAUAUGUAGUGGCUCUGUCCUGGCAUCGAGGAAUUAGAGAAGUGACGGAGUGGAUGUCAAAGACUAGUGGUAUUCCUGUUUUAGAGCUCCGUCAACACCUGUUUUUGCUCCGUGAUAGUGAUGCCACGCGACAUCUAUUUCAAGUAUCAGCUGGGCUUGACUCACUUGUGCUUGGUGAAGGACAGAUCCUUGCACAAGUUAAGCAGGUUGUUAAAGUUGGGCAAGGAGGUCGAGGGCUAGGGAAAAAUAUUGACAGGCUUUUUAAGGAUGCCAUCACCGCGGGAAAGCGAGUUCGUACUGAGACUAACAUUGCCUCUGGGGCUGUAUCUGUUAGUUCAGCUGCCGUUGAACUGGCCCUGAUGAAGAUUCCUAACUCCCAGUCUCUUGCUGCCAGGAUGCUUGUGAUUGGAGCUGGCAAGAUGGGGAAACUUGUGAUCAAGCAUUUAGCUGCAAAAGGGUGUAAGAAAGUAGUUGUUGUAAACCGGUCUGUGGAAAGGGUUGAUGCCAUCCGUGAGGAGUUAAAAGAAAUUGAGAUAAUUUACAGACCUUUCACGGAGAUGCUUUCAGCUGCUGCUGAAGCGGAUGUUGUGUUCACUAGCACAGCUUCAGAGACACUUCUGUUCAUGAAAGAAGAUGUUGAAACCCUUCCUCAAGUGAGCAAGCUGGUUGGUGGUCUGAGACUCUUCCUUGAUAUAUCUGUUCCUAGGAAUGUGGGGUCGUGUGUCUCUGGUGUUGAAUCUGCCCAGGUGUAUAAUGUUGAUGACCUGAAGGAGGUAGUUGAAGCCAACAAGGAAGACCGACUGAGAAAAGCAAUGGAAGCUGAGUCAAUCAUCACAGAAGAAUUGAAACGGUUUGAAGCAUGGAGAGACUCUCUGGAGACUGUUCCUACCAUCAAGAAGCUGCGGUCUUAUGCUGAUAGAAUUAGGGCUGCAGAACUUGAAAAAUGUUUCCAGAAGAUUGGUGAUGAUGCUCUGACCAAGAAGAUCAGAAGAGCUGUGGAUGACCUUAGCAAUGGUAUAGUGAACAAGCUUCUUCAUGGACCACUGCAGCACUUGAGAUGCGACGGCAGUGACAGCAGAACUCUGGAUGAGACUCUUGAAAAUAUGCAUGCCCUUAACAGGAUGUUCAGCCUGGACACAGAGAAAUCAAUUAUAGAGCAAAAAAUCAAAGCAAAGGUGGAGAAAGCUCAAAACUGAGAUUCUAAUGGAACUCAACUUUCUCCAUAUGGUAUCCUUGGGGCUUCUUUGUCUUAAUUUGUACCAUACUAUUUAACCAUUUUUGUUUCGGGCAUCUACUUUUUUUGUGUGAUGCAUCUUCUCAGGCUCAAAUAAGAGAUGUACUUGCUCAGAUUUCUCAUUCAUCAACCAUAUUGAAGAUCUUUGGAUUGGAUGGGGGAGGUCUCUACAUUUAUCUAUUAUGCUGCAACUAUAUUACAGUAACUGAUGAGUUGUAACAAUGGGAAACUUGCCUGUUCUACAGCCGUAUGUAUUUAUGUUAUUGAUUCUUGUAUUAAGAAUUGAAUUUUGUAACUUGAAGAUGUUUUUAUUCAGAAAUGGAUGUUGCAAAUACAUGUAUCGUA